AUGUUGUUUUACAGAAUACCCAAGAAGAAAAACGCGCCCCCUGCUGAAACACAAAUGGAGUGGAUCAAAAAUACUUUAAAUGACUCCAAGUAGGUUUAAUGGGUGAUUACAAAUUAAUUUAUUGGACCCAAUUAACGAACUGAUGUUAUUAUCCUGGUAGCAUGUUUAAUCAAGUACUUCCGACAAAUCAUCCGCCAGUGCGUUAAUAAUAAUAAUAAUGACUUUCUCCAGUUUAAAUAAAGUCAUUAUUAUUAUUAUUAUUAACGCACUCAAGACGACCAACAUAAGGCGCAAUUCCGUAUGCACGUAUUCAAGCACGCAGUUUAUGCAGAUACGAUAGUUCGUAUUAUACACAGAAAAAUAAUCAGAAGACGUAUAGUUUCUUUACCUUGGAUGUUUUCUCUCUUCUUAUACGCAGAUAUUCUUAAUAUAUAAUAAUAUUAAUAUCUAGGGCAGAUUACCUGAUUGUUUUUGGUCAUCAUCCAAUGUUCUCAGCCGGAUGGCACGGCAGCAGCCAGUCUCUUCAAGACAAGCUACAAGAUUUGUUUAAACAACACAAAGUUAAUGCUUACAUCAGUGGACAUGAUCAUAAUCUACAGGUUGUAAACUCUCUCCAGACCACACUAAUAAAAAUCGUAUAUACGACAAACUCCAUGUAUAUCUGUUCUUUUCAAAGAUAUAACUGAUUUGAUGUUUUUCUUUUUCAUAUAGCAUAUUGUCCCAGAAAAUUCGUC